UCAGUGUCAUCGUCGUAAAUUUUUAGGUUAUGUAUAGCUGGAUUAGCUGGAAUGAUUUUUGUAAAAAUAACUAAAAUUAAAUAGCCAAUAUUUUAUAUUUUUUUUAUUACAUUGGGUUUUGAAUGAAAACCAUCUCAACAUGGCAUUGCUCGGUGCUCAAUUGGUGAUAACUUUGAUAAUGGUCUCAGUAAUACAGAAGCUUGGAAAUUAUUCUUUUGCAAGAUGGCUACUAUGUUCAAGAGGUUUAAUACGAUAUUUGUAUCCUGACAAUAGUGAAUUGAAAUCACUAGCUGGUGUUCCUAAGGAUAAACCAAAAUCUAAGAAAGGAGGAAAAGGCGAUCACAAUGGGAAGGUGGAAACGUUUCACGUGCCUCGGAACCUGGGCAUCCAGCUGGAGACAGCACCAGUGACAGCCUUAGAUGUGAUCCAUUUAAGAUUUUACACUGAGUACCAAUGGAUGGUUGAUUUUUCGCUGUAUGCCAGCAUAGUUUAUGUUUUGUCUGAGGCCUACAAUUCAGUUUUUCCACAAAAAGAUGACUUGAAUUUGAGUAUGGUUUGGUGUCUACUGGUUGUGCUGUUUUCAUUUAAGAUCCUCCUGUCCCUAACCAAGCAGUACUUCACAAGCGAGGAGUCUAUGGGGGAGCGCUCGACAUGCAUAGUGUCAUUCUGUGUGUUCCUGCUGAUCGCAAUGAUGAUCCUCAUUGUUGAUGACAAAAACCUCGAGGUUGGGGUGGAUCCCGCCUACGACAGCUUCCAUGACAAUGCUUCCAAAUUCCUGCAGAACCAGGGACUUACUUCUGUGGGGCCCGCAUCAAAGCUGAUAUUGAAAUUCUCAAUGGCCGUGUGGGCAGCGCUAAUCGGGACUCUGUUCACUUUCCCGGGACUUCGCGUUGCCAGAAUGCACUGGGAUUCAUUACAUUAUUGCAGUGAGAACAAGAUAAAGACAUUGCUACACAACUGCAACUUCGCUAUGCCGUUCAUUCUGGUGCUGCUGUGGGUGCGGCCAAUCACGAGGGACUACCUCACUGAAAGAAUCUUCAGCGGAAUGGAGAAGCCUUUAAUGACGUCCCAAGCGUUCGACACGCUCCGCCUCUCUCUACUCGUGCUGACGGUGCUGCUGCGGCUGUGCCUCAUGCCGCGCUGCCUGCAGGCCUACCUCGACAUGGCGCAGCGGCGACUCGACGCGCAGAAGAACGAGGCGGGCAGGAUCACGAAUAUUGAGCUGCAGAAGAAGGUGGCCUCAGUAUUCUACUACCUGUGCGUAGUAGCGCUCCAGUACAUCUGCCCGAUCAUCAUGUGCCUGUACUUCGGGUUGAUGUACAAGACCCUGGGUGGGUAUACAUGGACGGGUCUGUUCUACGAGAGCCACGGGACCUGUAGCGCGGCCGGCAUUGGAUUAGUGAACACGACGGAUCAAAUAGUCGGUGAAGAGACAGAGUCCACGAUUAGAGAGUCGGCGCAGCAGUUUCAGAUGGCACUGGACAAUUUGAAGAUGGUGUUUACGGAAGAAGUAUACAGGGGCCUCUUUGGCUUCGCAACCUGGUGGUGUUGCUUCGCCUGGUUCAUCACCACGUCACUAGGCGCCGCCUACCAAACCUACUUCAGAAUCUCGUGAUGCUAAAGUUUACUUUUUAAGCAUAGUAUUGAUAGUAUUAAGGAAAAUUAUACAGCUGAACAAACUGCCAAUCAGUAGGAAAGUAUCGUACAUGAGUUUUAUCCUUGGUGCUUGUUCAUAUUGAACUGGCGGGAAAAUUAAUGUAGACCGCACGGGCAUUUCUAUAUCAACAAAUUUAUAUUAUGAAAUCAUAAUUAUGUCUGAUAUUUUGUGACCGCCCCGCGAUUUCAAUGUGAAGCACUUAGCUGAAAUAAAAUCUGGAUGUAAAUGUUUAUGUUUAAAAUAUCGCAAGUAUUUGUAGUGUUACCACUGUAGUCUAGUCAGAUAGUUGUUUUGUUACUGUAAGUGUAAGCUCUACUAAUCUCCAUGGACUUGAUUAGGUCUGACUGAAAACAGUUUUUAUACUCAAAUUUUAAUAUUUUCUUGAAACCGAUGCAUGUAAUGAACGCUUCUGUUGUGCUAUAUAUUGGUUACAUAACAUGUAUUUAAUUUAUUGUCAUUUCAUAAUUUAUUGAUGUGUGAAAGGAAUGUUAUAAUUAUGGAUAUAUUAUGUGACUGCAUUUAGUAUUAGUUGAAGACUUAUUGUGUUCUAGGUACUACUUUCGCACAAAUGUUUAUUUUCCUGUUUCAAGUACAUUCACGAGCACUAACAAUAAAAGUACAGAUUUCUAAGUGUGGUAGCGAUUCUAAAAACACUAAAUUUCAAAUUAUAACUAUAAAAACUCAAAAUUCUUUCUUAAUAAAUAGUUAACAUUAACCUCUAUCUUCUAGUGCUUCUAAAUCUUGUUUUGACCUGGCAAAAUUUAUAGUUUAACAUUGAUAAAAUAAAAUGUUGUGCCUUCAAAAUCGAUAUCAUACGCCUGUAAAUAUAGUAAAUAUACUAACAGACAUUCUACAGAAUAUGCUCCAUUCAUUUCAGAUGAUUUGAUAUUUAAGAAAUGUACACAGUUUUUUUGAACUGAGUUUUUUGGUUUCUGUACUCUGACCUUACUGGUGCUCGUGUUCGUACCUAAUCUUACGUAAUAUAGCUAUACAUGAUCGAAUUUUAUCAAUGAUCUAGCGGUAGUGUGUCACCUAAGAACCUACUACUAUCGCCUCUGUCACUGAUAAAAUUUCAUCUUGUAUAAGUCUUGUUUGCUAUUUGCUUCAUGAUCCUUUGUUUGUAGGAUACAUUUGAAAGAAUUCAGUGAAUUCUUUUAAAAGCUUCGUUGUUUUAAAAGGACUGUUAUUAAAAUAAAGUUUUAUUUAUUA